CUAAGGGGCAAAUCGGCAAUCGGACGGUAAGCGAUUCCAUUUCUCCAUCUUCUCGAACUGACGGUGCCGGUAUACGGUAACACGUAUCACGCUGUGACUGGUCGCUUGUCGGCCAUCGGACGGUCAGCGCACGGCGGCUGAGAACUUUUAGCCUCUAGCCGAGUAGCCGAGUGGGCCAUUUCUGUCUUCGCCUUUGACUAUCAGAUGGCACUAAGAGGUGCUUGGCAACUUCAGAAGCUGGUAGUAAGCUAUUCUGAUUGGAGAGGCAGUAGCAGGGGCUUAAGGGCAUUUAUGGAGUCUCAUUUGCCAGCGUUCAGGGAUAUCAAUCCUCAUUUGGAAGUGGUGACUGAGAUGAAUCGUGGUCAACAUCCAUACUUGAAGGGAUUAUACAGGAAGCAAAAUUGCUUUAUCAAUCAAAGAUUCAAAAAUUGCUGAGAACAAAAUUGCUUUAUCAAUCUCAAGGCAUUGGAGGAUGAUUCAAAAAUCAAGAAUAUGAAUUGGUGUGGAUAUGCAUUGGAAACAUUAAUCGAAGCAAAAGAUUAUUCGAGCAAAAGCAAAGCAAGACGGUUCUUGGGGCCUUUUGUUUCUGAUUGAAUUUGAUGCAGCCGCUAAGAAUUUGGCAGAAAACAUGCCAUUUUUGAUGAGAAGUUCCAAGAGGCUGCAAAAUUGUUGCCAAAUGACGAGACGAUGAAAGUUUUAAUGGGAAAAGUCCACGGGAAGAAAAAGAAAAUGAAACUGAAGUAUCAUUGACUCCGGAUGAUGAAUUCUGGACAGAAGAUGUGCUCAAAGCAGUUGAAGCAAUUGAAAUCACUCAGAAGAAAAGAGUUAAGCUGCCAACUUUUACACGGUAUGAAAAGCCAAGCUUUAAGUUGCUUUCACAGGAGUCAAAUGAAAUGGAGAAUAUGGAUGAGGAUUAUGUUGAGCAUAUUAAUGAAGUUUGUGAGGAUCUAGGCAAUGAUAUUGAGCAUGCAGAGGAUGGUGGCGGUGAGAAAAUGAACGAAGAUAAUGAGAAUGAAGAGGAUGUUAAUGAGGAUGAAGAGGAUGAUGGAAAGGAAAAAGGUGAAGAAGAGAGAUAAAGAAGGUCUCAAAAGGGUAAACAAGUUGCACAAGAGCAAGUUGACUCGUAAGAGAAGAAAGUGGAUAGAAAAGAAAGACAAACAGUCCCAACAGUUGCUUUGAAGUCCCAAUAUAUGAACCGAGUCAUAGAUGCAAAGACAAUGCUUGACAGUGAAGAAAGAUUAAUUGCAGAUUUUGUGUUCAACGAUCAUUGUGAUAAGAAGGUUCUAUGAUUGGUCCGUGACCCUUGAAUCCCAAAGACGAUCUUGGGAGGAUCUCACGGUUUCUACAUGGUGUGGGCGCAGUCCGGAUCGAUUCAGCCAUUCAGGUAAUUGAAAAAUAUAAGAAACUCCCGAUUUCAUUUAAAGGGUGGGUUCGGUUCGAGUAUACCAAAUCUUGAAAUAGUUAUCGAACCUUACCCGCCCCAUUUGAGUAAAUUUAUCAUGAGGAUGGUGCGCCCGCUUGUAAAACAACGUAGCAUCCCUGUUUUUUUUUUUGUUUUUUUGUUUUUGUUGUUAAAAAAUGAUGAUAAUUUUUUUAUUUUUGAUCCGAUUUUUAUAAAAUUUAUAUCAACAUUUUUUAUUUUUCAUGAUCUUUCAAAUGAGACCAAUAUUGCUUAUGUAAUGUUAAGAAAUUAUCGAACUAUUAUAUUAAUGAGUAUUGGAUUAUAAGGAAAAUCGAAUCUGUUUGGGAGAUGAUAGGUUUGUGAAAUAGAAGAUUGAAUCUAUUUGGGAGUGGCUCAGUGGCCUCAGUUACAUUUGAUAAUACAUUGAGUUACAUCUUUUUAUGAACGAGUUACAUCUUUUUAUAAGCAAGUUACAUCUUUUUAUAAGCAAGUUACAUCUUUUUAUAAGCAAGUUACAUCUUUUUAAAAGCGAGUUACACAUACAUAAACACGAGUUGCAUUUGACAUGCCUGAACGCGACUUACAUAUAUUUACACGUAAAGUUACAUAUUUUUACACGUAAAGUUACAUUAUACACGCGAGUUACAUAUUUAUACACACGAGUUGUAUUUGACCUGUCUGAACGCGAGUUACAUAUUUUUUUAAGAAUAUGCGCAGUUAUCUUCAAGAAUUCAUUUGUAUGCUUUCCCGAUUGAAGUUUUAGUUCAAAUUUGAUAUGAGUAAACUAGACUUAAUGAGUAAGAUUCUCAAAAUAUUUCAUCAAAAAAUUCCACCGGGAACCGCCCCAAAUGGCGUCGGCCGGACAUAGCAUCCUAAAUAUGGCCUUAUUUAACAUUUUUUUCAAGUUUGAGGCUCUAUCUGACCUUUAUCCCGAUAAUAAAACAAAUAUCUCACACUUCAUUAAGUAAGAAUCUUUGUUUACAAAUUACAAUAAAAUAUUUAAAAAAAGUCUGAUGCAUUUGAAAUAGAGAAUUAAGAAGAAUAAUUUAAGAGCUUAAAUGGACUUAGAAACUCUUUUUAACACACUAACCAAUUUCUUUAAUUGAAAGUCUUUGUCUAGACACAAGAACAUGAAGAUCUUCCAUGUGUUGUUAGUACAUUAUAUUAAAAUAAAAUUUUAAAACGGUUCGGUCUAGGUACCCAUUGUUUCAAAUUUCAAGACUCGUUCGAUUCCAAUGUUUUUUAAGGACCCGCCUCGCCCCAGACCGUUUGGGUUUUCUAAACUUAGGAUCCGACCCUAACCCGUCCCAAACCUGUAUUACCUGGCUCGACCCGCGGUUCCUGUACCCAUUUGCGCACCCUAAUUUCUACAGGGUGGAGAUGAUGGGGUUGAUUAUCCUUCAUUUUCUUUUGCAUCAAUUCACUCAAAGGGUUGAAGUGAGAUAUUGCAUCAAGUUGUUUGCAAGGGCCAACUUGAUACUCUUCCCAAGAGAUCUCAGAUGGGCCGGGGAAACCUUGGGGCUUGGGAGAUCUAGCCGCUAACUCCAACUACUGUCCACGUACGAUCCAUACUAGAUCUAGCCAACUUACAUAUCCUAGCUAUUUUUCUCUCUCUACGUUCUUGACCGCCCAUAUUUGUCUAUGAUCGGUCGGAUCACACGACACAUUAAAAAUAUGAUAUCCACAUUGGAUCUCAGAUUCUCAGCUGAAUAGCUUCAUCUAUCCCCGUGGGGAAGAGUUUGGUUUUAAACCCGCCCUCUACCCAUUUGAACAUUUUUGAUUAAUAUUAUACUUCUUCCGUUCUUUUUUAAUUGCAACAGUACGCUUUUCACGUUUGUUCGUUUGCCAACACACAAGUUUGACCAUUAAUAUCUUUCAUACCUUAUAAGUAAAAAAAUUAAAAAAUUCAGAUUUUGAAAAUUUAGAAUGAGAAGAAUUUAACAAUAUUUUUAAAAAUUUAAUUUAUAAUAUAUUAAUAAAUAAAAUACAAUCAAAGUAAAAUAUGUGAAUGGGACAAAAAGUCCAAUAUUAUGAUUAAAAGAAAACAGUAGUAUAUUUAACUGUAUAUUAAUGUCGACAUUGCAUGUAUUCAAGAAAAUUGUCGCUCAGACGGGUUUCCCAUCAAUCAAACUUUGUAAUUUUUUUUUAUGUCAAAUAAUUUAGUGUGUUGUCCAUCGUUAAUAAGUUUGCAAUAUACGUAUUGAUUUAAUUUGUACGUAGUUUUGUACUUACAAGUCACUUCCAAUAAAUUAGUCAAGGGAAAAUUAUGGUAAUUAAGGGAUCAAAUUUAUAAACAGACACAACAGGUUCAACAUGUUUUAUACGGAGUAAUAUUUAAUCGACGGCAACCUUAGCACUAUCGACGUAAUUAACCACUUAUUUUAGAAUAAAAUUUAUCCAUCCUCUUAAUAUUAAAAAAUAGAGGAUGAACUGAACAAUUAUUUUAUUCAUAAGCAUGAAAAAUUACAAAGGUUAUAACUAUGUUUUAGUCAUAGAAAUGUACGUAAUAGGAUAUACAUGCAGUUUCACUCAGCCAUUCACGUAUUAACUAAUUUACUUUCCUAAAAGCAUCUUAUCAACUUUUUAACAAAUUAAUACAGUGUCAUGAUAUAACUUUUGUGAUACAAUGAAUAAUAAUAAUAAUUUUUUGUUUGAUAGUAUUAAUCAAAUAAGAGUAGAUAUUCUUGUAAAUAGAAAUGUUAAUUAUUCAUAAGCGCUUAAUGCACACUUUACAUGAACACACUAUAUCAAUAAAGUCUUAGAGACUGAAGAAAACAAUACAAAGUAAUGUAUUCAGUCAUUUGAUGAUCAAACAUGUGAGUUUAUCCAUAUUUUAUACUGCGCAUUAAACAAAUGCACUAAACUUGCAUGACUCAUUUGCUAGUUCUCUUUCUUAGGAAUUGGGUCUUUCAUUCCCGUAUGCAUCUUAUUUAUAACGGUUAUGAUAUUUCAGAGUAAAAUACAAUGUAAUGUGUUAAAUGUUGUGGUUGAUGAUCACAAUUAGAGAAAAGGGUCAAAUAGGCCCUCAAACUAAUUUAAAAAAUGCAAAUCACCCCUUAAGUAGAAGGCGUUGUCCGGCCGUCGCCAUUUGGGGCGGUUCCAGAUGGAAUUUUUUGAUAAAUUUUUUUGAGCAUCUUCUUCAUUAAGUCUAGUUUACUCAUACCAAAUUUUAGCUAAACUUUCAAUCAGGAAGACAAUCAAAUGAAUUUUGAAAUAAUUGCGCAGUUUCCUUCCCGAUUGAAAGUUUAGCAGAGCACGUUACCAUGAUUAACGAUCGUUGCACGUUGGCCUGAUAAACGACCCUACCAUUUAUAACGUCUAUGCCCCGCGCUCCAUAUCGAGAAUACUUGUACACAACAUAUGAGUAUUGGUGCCACAUACAUUAUGUAUUACUAAAUGAAAUCACAAAAUGCAACAAUUAACAAACAUCAAAAACACCUACGAAAUUUGAGCAUUUAAUUUAUGAAUAUAAGUAGGGAUUUUUACCAAAAUAAGACAAAAUAAGACCAAAAGUGCAAAACUAGGAGUCCCACUUUACCAUCCGUCCGCAUAGGAGUAAAAAGAAACUGAAUUUCCAAUUAUAACCUCCAGCCAUGUAUGGGAAAAGGAAACUGCUGUUUCGGUUUUCCAUUUGGAAACAGACACGGAAGCCAAGCGCGCUGAUAUUUGAUUUCCAAAGCUCAGAGUUAAUAAAAUAAGAUAUGAAUACGUAGCCAAAUCUCGAGCCUCGCACACAAGUUGUCCGAACGACGAAGUGGAAGAAAGAGAACGUCGAGCUCUAGUUGAAGUUGAAGGAAGAGCUUUGGUUGAAGUUGAAUGAAGAUGGAAGACUCUGAUUUCCAAAGUGAAACUCAAGAUUCUGAUUUCGAAUCAGACAUGCGAAGUUUACUACACAUCAGAAUUAAUUCGAAAACGACAAUGACAAGGUACUUCAAGAGGAACAUGUUGUAUAAGCUUGAUGACAUGCGUGUCAAUUCCUUCUGCAAUCUUCACAAAAUUAUGGAAAGGAUAAGGCAAAUUUUAACGAAUGAUGAAUUGGAUGACUUUAGAACAACUGCCUUUGGAUGGUUGGUUGACUUUGAGAAUAUGAGUUAUGUUAGUGGACAAUUAUAGCUUGCCUUUGUAGCUAACUAUGUCAGGUAUGUAAAUGGUUUUGUUAACAAGAAGGCAAUGAGGUUUCAUAUACAGAAAAGUGUAGUAAGUUUCACAAAAAAAGAUCUUGCAAUAGUCACUGGUUUGAAAUUGAGCAGGGUGAAGCCUGUUAUGUCAGAAGAGCCAACAGGAGAUAUAUGGACAAGAUAUCUUGGAGGAAAGAGAACAGUGACAAGAAAUGAUAUUCUACUGGUGCUAAACAAAUACAAAAGCACUAAUCAAGGAGCAAGGAUGUAUGAUGGUGUCAAGCUAGCACUUCUGUAUGUGCUUUCACAUGGAUUCUUAGGAAAUCAAAUAGCUAGGCCAAUGGAAGCAUAUUACUUGAAUCUGGUUGACAGUUUAGAGGACUUUAAAGCUUACCCAUGGGGAGAUGUGAUUUGGGAUGAGUUGCGUAGUUAUAUGAAACAAAGCUGUGAGGCAUUGGAAAACUGCACAGGCACAAGAGUUACAUUCCCCGGGUGCAUGAUUGCACUACAAGUGUGGGAAUUUGAAACAUUUCUAAGUUUGUUAAAGGCGGGUUUAUGCAAAGUGAUAGAAGGAAGAGAAGAUAUCAUGUCAAGGACACUAAAGUGGAAAUUCCAUAAGAAACCUUCAUUGGAAGUUUUUUGUGACCUAAUAUUCUAUAAUGACAAGUUUGAAUGGGCAGAAAUUGUUCCAAAGGAGCAAGAGCUUGCACUGAUCCAAGAAGCCAACACAGGAGAUGUAGACAAUUUACAAAAUGGGAGCAUAUGUGCUGGUAGAGUGGAGACUGAGGAACUGCACAAAGUAAAGUUUGAAAUCGUGUUCCAAAGCUACAAAAGCCAGUAAAAAAGAGGGGGGAAACAGCCAAAAGCAGGAAAAAACAGUGGGAAAUGGGAAAAAAAAUAAAAAAGUUGUUGAGCAAGGAACUUCUAAAGUCAGAAAGAAAUUUGAAAAAGAUAAAGAUUCUGAGAAAGAUAGUGAUUAUAAGGAAGAGGAAGGCGAAACUGAAAAUGAGGAUGACAGUGAUGAUGAAAUAGUAGGUAAUAAAAUGAAGAGAACACUAAGGAAGCAAGAUCAAGAACUAUCAAACUAAUCAAGGAUGUGAAAGACAUCAAGAGAGUUCAGAACAAGCAAGGGGUGGUUCUAGGUAGAAUUCUUCGCAUUCUGAAAAAUCUGUCACUUUAUGAAAUGAGUAAGCAAGAAGGGCGAGGAAUGGCAAUAGAAGUUGAAAAUGUGGACAAAGAUGACAAUAUACAAGAGAGAAAUCAGAGAGAUAAGGAGAAGCAGGAUGAAAAUAGUAAAGAUGAAAAGACAAAGACUGAAAACAAGAAUGCAAGCGAGGAGAUGAAUGCAGGGGAUGAUACUGAGGAGAUAGAGAGUGAAAUGCCAAAUUUUAACAUAUUUGGAUUUGAAUCUCAAACAGAAGCUCAGGAAGCAAAAACAGAAAACCAGGAGGGAGAAAAGGAUUUAGAAGAGAAGACAGAAGAAGAGAAUAGAGGAGAUAAUUAAAAUAAGCCCAUUACUGAGGUAGAAGAGCAGACAUAAGAAGAGAAUAGAGAAGAAUAGGAAAAAAAGGACACCACUGAGAUAGAAGAGCAGAGAAGAGUAGUGAACGAUGAGAAGCAAAUGCCAAAUGAUGCUAUAAGCACUGAAAUGUGGGGAAUGGGGUCUCAAGAAAAUUCACAAUUUGUGAGAGAGUUGUGCAACAGUGUGGACAGAAAUGAAAAAGAGGCAUUUCGGGAAAGCAUCAACAAAUAAAGUCACGAAAAACAUUCAUACUGUGAGGGAGAAGAGAGUUGCUAAAUCACCAGCACGGUACGGUACACACCUGCAGGACAAAGCAGGGAAGCUAAGAGGAGAAAGAAAGAAAAGGCAAGGAGAAGAACGGAGGAGGAAUUUUUACCACCAACAAAAAAGUAUAUGGCCCAUUCUCUGAAGAUCCAACUGACACACCACCUGCAAAUGAAGUGCAAAGAGUUGGUAACUUUUUAAGCAUUGGACUUCUGAAACAGAGAAAGAAGGGUAAUGAAGAAAGAAGAUACAAGAAGGAUGAGGACAGGAUGCACGGCAUUCCGAUGUUGUUGGAUACAAUAAAAAUUGAAUCCAAAACAUGGAUAUACAACCUCUAUGUCAGCGAGCGGUGGCUACAUGACACAGGAUGUACUACUUGACUGUAAAAAGACUUGAAUACAACCUGAAACAACAGUAUGCCACAAACAGAGGUUUUUUUAUACAAAUACUAAGGCUUGAGCAUGAAAAAAUUCUCAAUGGACAAGGAAAUGUUAAGCAAGCUGCUGAUGAUGAUGAGAUUAUGCAUAGCAUGUUAGGAAGGCAUCAAAGUUUUCAGUGCACUGGUGCAAUUACCAAUUUGUAUACUUACCUAUGAACACUGGUCAGCAUUGGGUAUUAUUCGUGUUGGACAUCAAAAUGAGAAAGGUUAAAGUUUACAACUCCAAUUCACGAAGGGGGAAAUUCACUGAAAGAUAUCCGCCCAUUCAUGCCGAGCAUCAAAAUUCUGCUUCCUAAAAUCAUGGAUUUCUUCAAAGUGUAUGAAAAUGCAGGGGAGGAGCCAAUGGGAGACAGACCAUUAGAAAUAGAAGCUGAAGAAAGCUGCCCACAACAGAACAAUGCGGGGACUGUGGAAUGUUUGUACUCAAGGUUGCUGAAUUCUUAAUCAUAGAAAUGGAGCUGGAUGGGAUAGAUGUUGAGGAAAUGCCAAUGUUUAGGCAAAAAAAUGGCAACGGAGCUAGUUAUGUACAGUGAAAAGAGAUUGGGUGAUGCUAAAGGAGAGCAGCUGCCAAAGUUUAUCAGGGAAUAACGAUAUGAUGACAAGAUGUGUUUUUACAUAUGUAUGCAGACAUUUGUGAUUCAGGAUACUACUGGUCUCUAUGUUGUAUUGUUUGUUUGCGUGAAGUUAGUUUGAUACAAUAUGUAAUAUGGGUAAACUUGGGUUGAUGUGACUGCUUUUUUUGUUGGAUAAUAUUGAUGAAAUGUGG